GCGGGGCGGUGGAACGAUAGUCGCGGCGCCGUGCUUUUCCCGUGCUUUUCCCGUGCGCGAUCAUGCUGGAAAACUGCCGAUGGUUGCUGUACGCGUCUCGCGUUUACGGCUGUCAUCCGCACACGAUCCGAGAGGACGACUCCACGCCGGCGACAGCGGCCACGCGUUUCCGUCCGCUGAUGCUCUACUCGGUUGUCGCGUGCGGCGUGUACUGCGCGGCGGCGUAUCACGCGAGCAGCUUACUCGAAUGCGUUUCCGCGGGCGCGAUGAUCGUCGGCUGCGCGGUGCAGCAGGUCGAUCGGUACACCCGCAGCCUCUUCAUGAUCCUGACGACGGUGCUGUCGUGCCUGUGUCACCUGGACUUUGAGCGCGCCGUAGCGUCCGCGCGCAAAUUCGACGAUCUGACGCGGCACUACCGCCGCCGGGCGGACGUCAACAGCGGGCCGCCCGUGAAUCGUCGCGUCCAGUGGCUGGUGUUGUUCGGCGUCCACCUAGUCUGGGCUCUGUACGGCGUGCACGUGAGGUACGCCAUGGAUGACAAAAUUGGAUGGCACACGAUCGCGAUUAUGAGUUUCAUGCGCGCCGCGUUCUCCACGGAGGUCGCAAAAUUCUGCUUCCUGUACGACGCGUUGCGUCGCAGGUUCCGUCUCGUCAAUCAGCUGUGUUGCGGAUCGUCCGAUGCCGCGACGUCGUCGAGUCAUCAACGAGUCACCGUGUCCACUGAUAAACGUUGCUCGAAUUAUCACGUGCGAAGGGUGACCGUCGGCGUGAACGCGCCCGAAGAACUCACGAUCUUACAUCUUCAGCGAUUGCAUCGGUGUCUCACCGACGCGACCAAAUAUCUCAGUUCCCACUACAGUCCGCAGUUGCUCUGUUGGCUCGCGUGCUUGUUAAUGGACAUUCUGAUGUACAUUUUCUUCGCUGUUUACACGGUGAACAGAGCCAGGACAGUUAUUCUUCAGUGUGUAAUACUCGUAUACCUGUCGGUUCAAAUUAUCGCUGCAAGUCGCGUCUGUCACUUGACGUGCGAUCAGGCGAACGCGCUGGCGAGAAUAGUGCUUUCGAUGGGAACUUCCGCAUUCAGACGCAACGAAUUUUUUACCGAAGCGAUCGAAUUGGGCGUGUAUCUUCGAAUACAACCGUUACGCAUCAGAGUCUUCGGCUUGUUUAACAUGGACAACCGAUUUCCAUUCUCGGUGUUUGGUGUUAUACUGAUGUACGUGAUCUUGGCUUCGUCCCUUCAUUAAAUCGCGGCAUUGAGCGAGCAGACGACAAGUACACGGAAACAAGGAAAUAAACGAU